UACUGUGCCAUAAUAGCACUACACCUUUUUCUCACGUUUUGUGUUACUGGUGCUGCCCCCUGCUAUUUUCUGUGUAAAAUCGAUCCCUGCGGUUUCUAUCCGGGUUAGUUUCUGUGUCCCCAGCUGCUUAAUGUAUGUGUAUUUUACAGAGAUAAAGUCCUGGACUGGUGUUUGUUGUUUACAUAAAAAGCUUCAUGUUUCAUUUGGUGGAUACCCCAGGUAGGCUUCAAAAUAGACGCCUCACAGUAUGCAACCUCUAACCUGCUGACUGAGCCACGCUGUCUGGACAAGACUGGACACAAGCUCCCACUGUGCCUGCCCAGCACCAAAAUUAGCAACCUGCAGAGGUCCCGCCAUCACUCAGUGGGGCAGGAUUCCGUUGCCAUGGAUACAGAGUCCACCUACUCCGAAUAUUCCCACUACUCCAGCCGCUCCAGGGGCUCUCACCGGCAUGGUGAGAGGAGUCGGGACCGGCACAAAUCUCGCAGUAAAGAUGGCAGCCGCUCUGAGAAAUCUGUGACCAUCAAUGCGCCACCAGCUGAGCCACUUCUAGGUGAUGAGUCCAUCCAUGGAGAAGAGGUUCAGGAUGACAACUGGGGUGAGACCACGACAGCAGUCACAGGGACGUCAGAGCACAGCAUCUCCCAGGAGGACAUUGCACGGAUCAGCAAAGACAUGGAGGACAGCGUGGGACUGGACUGCAAACGCUACCUGGGGCUGACAGUGGCAGCAGUUCUGGGGCUACUCGUGUUUCUGACGCCCAUAGCCUUCCUAAUCCUGCCGCAGGUGCUGUGGAGGGACAAGCUGGAGCCCUGCGGCACAGCCUGUGAGGGCCUCUUCAUCUCGGUGGCCUUCAAGCUACUCAUUCUGCUGCUGGGCACUUGGGCGCUCUUCUUCCGUCCUCCCCGGGCUGGCAUGCCCCGUGUCUUCGUCUUCAGAGUCCUGCUCAUGGUGCUCAUCUUCCUGUUUGUUGUCUCUUACUGGUUGUUCUAUGGCGUGCGCAUCCUGGAAACGAAAGACAGUAACUACCAGGGUAUCGUGCAGUAUGCCGUCUCACUGGUGGACGCCUUGCUCUUUAUCCACUACUUGGCCAUUGUGCUGCUGGAGAUGCGUCAGCUGCAGCCCAUGUUCUCGGUCAAAGCCACCCGCUCCACUGAUGGGGAGACGUACUUCUAUAACCUGGGUCACCUGAGCAUUCAGCGAGCUGCUGUGGUAAUUUUGGAGAAUUAUUACAAAGAUUUCUCUGUGCACAAUCCUGCAUUGUUGACAGCCUCCAAAUCGCGAGCAGCCAAGCACAUGGCAGGACUGAAGGUGUAUAAUGUGGAUGGUCCAGAGAACAAUGCUCCAGGGCAGUCCCGAGCCAUGAUCACUGCCGCUGCCAGGCGGAGAGACACCAGUCACAAUGAUCUGUACUAUGAAGAGGCAGACCAUGACCGACGAGUAAAGAAACGCAAAUCAAGGCUGGUGGUGGCAGUGGAGGAGGCGUUCACCCACAUCAAGCGCAUGCAGGAGGAGGAGCAGAAGAAGGCCCCAGGGGAGGUGAUGGAUCCCCGUGAAGCAGCACAGGCCAUAUUCCCUUCCAUGGCCAGGGCGCUGCAGAAAUACCUCCGCACCACUAGGCAGCACCACUGCCAUACAAUGGAGAGCAUCCAGCAGCACUUGGCUUUCUGCAUCACAAACAAUAUGACACCGAAGGCCUUCCUAGAGAGUUAUCUGAACCCAGGACCCACACUGCAGUACAGUCAAAACCGCUGGUUUGCCCGUCAGUGGACUCUCGUCAGCGAGAAAGCUGUUACAAACGGCCUAAACGAUGGGGUGGUCUUUGUCCUCAAGUGCACAGACUUUAGCCUUGUUGUGACUGUUAAGAAAAUCCCCUUCAUCAAACUCUCUGAGGAAUUCAUCGACCCCAAGUCACACAAGUUUGUGCUCCGAUUACAAUCUGAAACAUCCGUCUAGGGUCUUGUUGCAGAAUUCACAGGUUUGAUUGUUUGUUUGUUUUUUUUUAGAAUUUUUUUCAUAAAAAUUGAAAUAAGCAAAAAUGAUGUGUGUAUGUAUGUAUGUGUGUAUAUAUAUAAAGCAGAUGAUGAACUUGUAGUGACCAUCUGCAUUUUCUUUGAACGAAUAAGUCUAACCAUGUAUAAAAUCAAUUUAUUUGGACACCAGUAAACUUGGGGGAACCAGCUUUUAAUUGUUCAUAGGUAGUAGUAAAUGACACUGGUAUGAGCAAUAAGGCUCAUCACAAAGGACCACUACAGAAGUAACCACCCUCCCCACAACAUUGCAGUAACUUUGGCAGUGCAGCGUCCUUGAUUUAUGUUAUUAGGUUUUUUUUUAGUUUUUUGUUGACUUUAUAAUAUGGAAUUGGCCUGCAACUCGUUACCUGCUUUGGAGACAAUCUUGUUACAGUUUUUAGUAUUAUUUUAACUCAUACAUACAUUGUAAGCGAAUCACUUAUAUGGAAACUGUAAGAUGUGUUGUGUUUUUACAGCUGUUUUAACAGCAUAAUGCACAGCAGUCUCUUUUUAACAUCAAUUGCAAGAGAAGUAUUUUAGGCCUGUAACAGAAUUCUUGGCUUGGCUUUUUGUUCAGUGCCCAUGGUUAUCGGCUGAGUUAAUUGUAGCAUGUAUAAGUAUAAACGGGUGUCGUCAAAACUUGUAAGGACUGCUUUGCUGUGUAGGCUAAAAGAAAAAAGAGAUCUAUCUAUUCCCAGUGAUAACGUAUUUUUUUCACACCAUUCAUUAGCUGAAACAAAAAAUAUUUCAGCCGCAGUGAGCUACUUUUGUUUCCAUGUGCCAAGCUCUUGGUAAAGGAUAUUUAGAAGAGUUCCUUGAGUUGAUAAAGCUGUGUAUUUAUAUUGGCAUUCUAGUCCAACGUUUCCAGUGGCUAGGGGUUUGCUACUUGUUACUUUCAGAAAAGGAUGUAUUGGCAUGGUUAGCAGACUAAUACAGAGUAGUGCUUAAUCAGCGUGCACAGAGUUUGAAUGCUCACAACAAUUUUUUAAAGAAGCAUUGCUGUAACUUAAGUGUGUAUAUAUAAAUCUAAUUUACAUUAAACUGGAAAACACACACAAAGCUAAAACCAGUUUAAAACAUCAGUUUUCAUAUCUAAACCGAAAGGUCAAUGCUACCUGAAGCAGAAGAUGAAAGGACAAAGCAAGAUCAUUCCUGUAUAUUCUUUUGAAGAGUGGGUUUAAACUGUAAGUGUGAGUGGUCAGCGGGUUUAAACUGUAAUUUUGUAAGAAACUGAACAAUCUCCAAGAACACGCAGACGCACUAAAAGAUAUAUAUAUAUAUAUAUAUAUAUAUAUAUAUAUAUAUAUAUAUAUAUAUAUAUAUAUAUAUAUAUAUAAUUUGUGAUGCUACCAACGAUGGCACAGAGGACACAUACAAGACAGACAAACAUAACUCCAAAUGGCACACAAAACAAACCUGUUUCCACAUAUAAAUUACACCAACACUAAUUCCCCACUGUGGUAUGUUUAAAAGAAAACAGUAAAGAAAUGAAAAAGGAAAGAAUGUACACUUGCAUGCUGAAUACAGUAAGUACAUGUCCUUUCUCUUGAAAAACCUAUCCAGCGUAGAUUGCUCCUCACGCCUGUUGCCUGGUUGCAGUUUGUGUGAAGAUGACGGACAGGCAACGAUUGCAUUCGUCAUGCAUGAUUCGUACUACGAUAGGUCAUCUUUGAAUUGGCGUUAUCUUUGAAUUAGUCAACUGUGGUCUUUGUUUUCACUGAGAGAAUAACACACUUGACACUGGAGAAAGUUCAGUGUCAGUCAGUACUGAGAUCGUUGUAUCCAGGUGGAUCCUGUACAUGAUCGUUCUAAUAGGGCUAAUUUGCAUUGGAAAAAUCGGUUCUUGCUGUUGGGAUCGUUAAACGGGUGUUUGUUAUAAGAAGGGUUUGUUAUAGUGAAGUUAGCCUGUGUGUGUGUCUCUGUCCUCUCUCUCUCUCUCUCUCUCUCUCUCUCUCUCUCUCUCUCUCUCUCUCU